AUGUACACCGACGAAUCGUUUAGAAUCAAGACAAAACGCAAAUACGGAAAGGAAGAGCGGAAGAUCGUCAAGGAUCGCAGGAAGUUAGAUGUCAAGGACUUGGAAGGCACACUUGGAGAGAUUGACGGACAAUCUGUGGGUACGCGCUAUGUGAACGGGUCGUUGCUUUUGGAAGCGGGGAUGCAUGGGGGCAUCCGAAGGGGGAUCUACUCGUUCAAAGGGAGCGCAGUCUGUUGUGCUGUCGGAUGGUCCCGCCUAAUAUUUUCUUUGCAGCCGGGUGUGUGGAGAAGGCGAAGUCAGGAUGGGAAGAUGCAGGUGAAGGACCAAGCGUACACCCACGGAAACAGGGCUCUGCAGAACACGAUGCAAACAGGCCAGCCUAUACGCGUUAUUCGAGGAUACAAACUCUAUUCAAAGCACGCUCCAAGGAAUGGGUUCCGCUACGACGGUUGGUACAGAGUAACGGGUUGCUAUGAGAGACGAGAUGAGAAUGGAUAUAGGACCAUUCUAUUCAAGCUCGAGCGACAUCCUGGUCAACUCCCCAUCGGAACUCAAGAUAAAUUUCGGGUGUACCCUGACUCCAAUGCACCUGCCAAGACGCCCGAGCCAUCUGAGCCAAAGAAGACCUCAUCUACCCUCUUCCCACCCCGACCCAAGCUACCCUCCUUCAACAAGUCCAGCGCGUCCUCGCAUACCCUUCCGUCUGAUUGGCACGGUGCUCCCAUGUUGCCUGUUCCUUCGGUCAAAGUAGAGCACCAGAAGGAGAACUACUGCAAUGAUAUUCCGCAGUGCCCCGUCAAAUCAAAAAACCCAUCCUCCGUCCCUCUUUUGCAGUAUCCUGAGUGCGACGUCAAGGUUAUCAGGCCUUCCGGUCCUCAGGAUAGUACGGCUGAAUUGACGUCGCCCAUUUCCACAUCUAUGCCUCAUUCCUCUGCCAAACAUCUCAGCCCGCCUCCGCAUCAAAACCGAGUCCCCACCUCCUGCCUCGGUGUGCAAGAGAUCAGGGAGCGCCCUCGACAAUCCUCUUCCCCGCAAGUGCCGAAACUGUCCAACACCCCGCCUGUCAAAGCUGAAUCUCGGCCACCCUUCUGUGAGAGGCUGGUUGGCAGUCUUUCUGAGAGUAGUCCUCGGAAGAGGAAGUAUAGCAAUAUGGAGGAUUGCGGAUGA